UGUCCCAGAAUUUGAUCCCAGAGAGUCCAGACCUCGAGAGCUGGACCAGCACGACGGACACUCAGACAUGGCUAACUGUUCAGGAUGUGGACCGGGAUACCGCACCCCCCUGGAUGCCAUGAAGGGCCCAAGGGAGGAGAUCGUCUACCUGCCCUGUAUUUACCGUAACACCGCCAGCGUCCGACCGGACUACCUGGCCACGGUGGACGUCCUUCCCUCCUCCCCGACCUAUUGCCAGGUGGUGCACAGGCUGGAGAUGCUGAACGUCAGAGACGAGCUGCAUCACUCCGGCUGGAACGCCUGCAGCAGCUGUUUCGGGGACCCGUCAAAGAGCCGGAACCGUCUCAUCCUGCCGUCUCUCGUGUCCUCCCGGGUCUAUGUGAUCGACGUGGGAACUGAUCCCCGAGCACCACGAAUCCACAAGAUGGUGGAGCCGGUAGACUUGUACUUUAAGUGCGGUCUGGCCAAUCCUCACACCAGCCACUGCCUGGGCAGCGGUCAGAUCAUGAUCAGCUGCAUGGGAGACCCCUCGGGCAACGGCAAAGGUGGUUUCGUUCUGCUGGAUGGUGAGACGUUCGAGGUGAUCGGGAACUGGGAGCACCCGGGUGAAGCGGCGCCCUUUGGAUACGACUUCUGGUACCAACCUCGACAUAAUGUGAUGAUCAGCACCGAGUGGGGUGCUCCCAAAGCUCUUCUCGACGGAUUCAAUCCAGCUCAUGUUGAGGAAGGUCAUUAUGGGAGCAAUCUGAACGUGUGGGACUGGACCACCCACAGAAAGCUGCAGACUAUUGAGCUGGGUCCAGAUGGGGCCAUUCCUCUAGAAGUGCGGUUCCUCCAUGAUCCGGACGCCACUGAGGGAUAUGUGGGAUGUGCCCUGAGGAGCAAUGUCUUCAGAUUCUACAAAACAGAGAAAGGAACGUGGGAAGCAGAGAAGGUCAUCAAUGUUCCCAGCAAGAAGGUGGAAGGAUGGCUGUUACCUGAGAUGCCCGGUCUCAUCACUGACAUCCUGAUUUCACUGGACGAUCGUUUCCUCUACUUCAGCAAUUGGCUCCAUGGAGAUAUCAGACAGUAUGACAUUACAGACAGGAGAAAUCCUUGGCUGGCCGGCCAGAUAUUCUUGGGAGGAAGUCUUGUCAAAGGUGGUCCAGUGAAAGUUCUGGAGGAUCCAGAGAAGCAGGAGCAGCCCGGCCCAUGCAUCAUAAAGGGGAAGCGGAUCCCUGGGAGUCCUCAGAUGUUGCAGCUCAGUCUGGACGGACGCAGACUUUAUGUGACCACCUCCCUGUACAGCGGCUGGGACAAACAGUUUUACCCGGACAUGAUCAAGGAGGGCUCCGUCAUGAUGCAGAUCGACGUGGACACGGACCGCGGCGGUCUGUCUCUGAACGAGAACUUCCUGGUGGACUUCGGGAAGGAGCCCGGCGGUCCGGUUCUGGCUCACGAGCUGAGAUAUCCAGGCGGAGAUUGCACGUCCGACAUCUGGCUGUGAUCCACCAAUCAGAGUGCAACUCCUCUCAUCUCAACCACUUGAUUGGCUCCAGUUUUGAUUAAGUUCUUCUUUAAAAAGUAAAAGCAUUUUUAGCGGGGUUUUUUUUGUUUUGUUUUGUUUAGUUUGUAAACUGAUGUAGAAUAAAAUAGGGAUGUACCAAUGCCAGUAACGGGGCUGAUACUGCACAGAGUGCUUGUGCUCAAACUUACGUAAGUUCCCCAUUACAACCUGGUGAGUAUUAUUUGACGUUGCACAUCAGCAAUGUCAGAAUGUGAAUCUCAAGGGUAAGGCAGACUGUAAAUUAUGCUCUGUCAAAAUAUCAAGAGGAGGUGAAAAGUAGUUCGUACAACAUCAGCAACUUUAUCAGCAGGGAAAUUUGAACCAGCAGCAUUAGCUCGAUGUUGCUCAUGAGUUUAACUGCUCAGUGGAUCAUGUAGGACUGUACUCCAAGCCAUGCAACAUGCUACAUGCUAAAGAGUUCCAGGACUCACACACUCACGAUAAAACACGCAACGCAUAAUUAAAAUAUUACUGAUGCACUCAUUAACAGCGAUGAUUAGUACUUGUUCCAGUUGUUCUUCUCGAUGCAUCCUUUCUUUCUUCUUAUGAACAGAAUCAUGUGGAGAAGAAGAAAUCUGUUUUAAAUCUGUUCUGGUUUUUUUAAACACCUGAAAUCGACCAAUCAGCUGCAUGUAUUUCCUACAUGUGGGCUCCAGGGGGCGCCGCAUGAUGAGUUCUCUGAUCAUUCCCAAAUGUUUUAUUUCCUUGACUUUAAAAUAAAAAAAUUGAAAC